CGUACUCUAAUUGUGUCGACCGAGUGUGUGUGAUGAUGUAGAGAGAAGGCUGGUAAACCUGUACUUCUAUGUCUUCGUGAUGUGACCGCAGAGUUUGGCGAAUAGUUUGACAAGCGAGUCACGGAUAUUUUGAUAGGCAGCUCGCGUUCUAGAGCGACGGAUGUCGACGUCGACGUCCAUUCUGUGUUCUGAGCGCCAAGUGGCUCGCGUGGUGACAUCUGCUUAAUUCACUGACGAAUCGAUUGUGAGCCUAAUGACGUUGACUAGAAAGGAUUCACAAGGGAAAGAUGACGGUGUGUUACUAGACUCUUCUAGUCCUUGUCCUCAUGUCCAAUCCAUCAUGGCAGUAACAGAUGAGCAGCCGGUGAUAUCCAGUAGACUAGAGGUUACAGAGUCGAUAGACAGUCAACAUCCAGAAUUGCUCGACAUUCCCUCGGAUUUCAAGAGAUCUCAUUCUGUUCAUUUGACCGGCAUCAACCACGUGCUUCUGAGAGAGAAGCCCAGAAUGUUGUCAAGGCCACGGUUGUCACUGUCACUCAACCUCACAUCCAGUUUGCAUCCAAAGCGUUCUCGCACUAGUCUCGGUUUUGCGUCUGGUAUGUCCUCAGAAUCAGAUUGUGACGAUGAUCAAGAGUCACAACGACAGCUGCUGUGCAAAGGCUCACGUCAGAUGUUUCCGGAAGAGUUGAGACUCUGCCUAAUGUCCGUCAGCAUGAUUCAUUCUGAAUUUUGGGGUGUGCCUUUUAACCAUGAAACGGUUCCUGUAUGUGGAAUUGGACCAAAGAACAGAUACAGAAGCAUUCUUCCAAAUCUGCAUUCAAGAGUGAUGUUGUCACAGAUCGAUAACGAUCCGAGUUCGUCUUACAUCAAUGCCAACUAUAUUAGGGGUUUCCACGAGCAGCCAGAGCAGUACAUAGCUACGCAAGGACCGUUAGCUAACACUAUACAUGACUUCUGGAGGAUGAUAUUGAUGAGUCGAUCGCCGGUGAUAGUAAUGCUAACUAAUUUAAACGAAAAAAAUAAAUCAAAAUGUUCACCAUAUCUUCCUACUGUGGGAGAAAUUACAUCAAGAGACAUCUCAAUACUUGUUACUGAUUCAGAACAAUCUGAUGGUUAUCUUGUCACCCAACUUGAAUUGCGUCAAAAAGAUGUAAAGCACAAUGUUUGUCAUUUCUGGUACAACUCUUGGCCAGACCAUGGAAUACCACAGUCUCCUUCACCACUUCUUUGCAUGCUGGAACAGGUUGCUAAAUGCAGAAUGUCAUCGCCUUCUGCUCCAGUAGUUGUUCAUUGCAGCGCUGGGAUCGGUCGAACUGGCUGCUUUAUUAGUAUCGACAUCGCAAUACAGCAACUUAAGGAAGAUGGCUAUGUAGAUGUACUGAAGAUUUUAUGUCGACUAAGACAAGAUAGAGGUGGGAUGGUGCAGACCUGCGAACAAUAUGAAUUCAUCCAUCGAGCAUUGCUCUUGUAUGAACAAGAACUAGAAAAACGUAGAACAGAAGGCACAGAGAGCCUUUUACCAUUUUUCUCAGAGUAACAGUCAUCAUCUAACUACAAAAAUUUACAGUUUUAUGUUGUAUGCUAAACAAGACAAUUAAUUAAGUUAAGUGACUAGCUACUGCAGACAGCUAGUGUAUAUCAGUGAUGUAAAUGUGCUGAUAAUAUGAAAAAUGUUGUACUCAUUCUUGUGAAUUUUAAGCAAUAAGAAACAGAAAAGAAACA